AUCUAAGGAAGAAGAAAGAUGAAGAGAGCUUAAGGCAUUGGGCUUGGGCCGCAAUGGAUUUCUGGAACAAGGCUCGGAGCUUCGCUGAGGAAGCAGCGAAACGAUCGUCGGAGCUUGCUAUGGGCCCCGCGAAGCUCGGCGAUAUAGUAACGGACGCCAUGAAACGGUCCAAGGAGAUCGCGGCUGAGGCGUCCAAACGGGCCGAAGAAAUCAAAGUCGAAGCCGCGAAGCAAGCCGAACUCAUCAAAUCGUCGCUCGCCGAGGGGGUCGUGCCUCCAGAAAACCCGGAGAUCCUGGUGGAACCGGAGAAGGAAUUGGAGAGGUUUGGAAUUACUGAAGAGUUGAGAGAUUUUGUUAAGGGGAUUACUAUGAGAACCUUUCAAGAGUUUCCUUUGCCCGAUGAUUCCCCAAUGUCUGAUGUUCCCACGGUCUCAAAUGUAAGGCAGGAUCUUAAAGAGUGGCAAGAAAAACAUGCCAAGCUUGUAUUUUGAACAGUUAAGGAAAUAUCAAAGUUAAGAUUCGAGUUGUGCCCCCGUGUCAUGAGAGAGAGGAAAUUCUGGAGGAUAUACAUCAUACUAGUAAACAGUCACGUUGCCCUGUAUGAGAAGCGGUAUAUGAAAGAGGCUGAGCGAAAAGCUGCUGAAAAAGUCCUGGAUAAAAAAGUGAAGGAAUCUUCAAACAUUGAAAUGACAUCUCAACCACAGGAAAAGGGAACGAAGCAGCAUGGUAAAAGUUCAACCUCAGUUACUGAACAAGACUGGAUGUGUUUCUACUGGGUGGUGACAGCGAUGGAGGCCCUGAGGAUGAAGAUGAGGGCUUCGAUGAUGCUUUUGGUAAAAUGGCAGACAGUUCGGUAAGCACAGUUCCGUUUAUGAACUUGAUCUUGUUGUU